AUGUUGGAAGCUCGUCUCCCUGAGGCUGUCCUUCUCAAAAAGGUGCUCGAUGCCGUGCGCGAGCUGAUCACCGAUGCCAACUUUGAAUGCUCCGAGGACGGCAUUCGACUGCAAGCGAUGGAUAACUCGCACGUCGCGCUCUCGGCCAUCGAGCUUCGCACCGACUGUUUUGAGGAAUUCCGAUGUGAUCGACCUAUGUCGAUCGGUGUCUCGCUCUCGUCGCUCGGUAAGAUCCUGAAAAGCGCCAAUAACGACGACGUUCUUGCGCUCAAAAAAUCCGACGAUGGCGACACGCUUCAGAUGACGUUCGAAUCGCCCAAAUCGGAUCGAGUGGGCGAGUUCGAGAUGAAGCUCAUGGACAUCGACUCGGAACACCUCGGCAUUCCUGACACACAGUACGACGCUGUUGUCAAGAUGUCUUCGGGUGAAUUUGGACGUAUCUGUCGUGACCUUGCCAACAUCGGUGAGAGCGUCAAGAUCGAGGUUUCCAAAGAAGGUGUUUCGUUUUCGGCAGAAGGCGAGAUCGGCGCAGCUCGAAUGACGCUCAAACAAGGUAGCGGUACAGCAGUGCUCGCCGAUCAAGAUGACGAUGAGGACGAAGACGUCAAGCCAGCCAAGAAGAAGCGCAAGCAAGACGCCACUAGCUCGAGCUCUGCAGGUGGACAAGUACCCGUCAAAAUCGAGAUGCAACAGGCGGUGAAUUUGACUUUUAGCUUGAAAUACUUGAGCAACUUUGCCAAGGCUGCUCCACUGGCCGACGAGGUGCAGUUGCAUAUGAGCAACGAAGUUCCCCUCCUGUGCGAGUUUAGCUUCGAGAACGGUUACGUGAGGUUUUACCUCGCCCCCAAGCUGUCCGAGGACGACGACUGA